AUGUCGGCCUCCGAACGACGGCUAGAGGAAGAAAAGGUGCAUCAAUUCUUACUCGGCCUUGAAGAUACUUUGUACGCCACUGUACACUCAUCUCUUAUCUCCCAAGAUCCGUUUCCUAGGCUGAAGAAGGCGUUUUCAACAAUUGUUCAGGAAGAACGCCUCCGACUAAUGACUCAAUCUAAAGAUCCCGUCGGAGAAAUGAGUUUUGUUGUUCAAACUCCUCUUGGAUUUUCUGGGGUUCGUCCUGUUGCUGCUAGCACUGGUAACGGAGUGCUUGCAUUGGCUGCCUCCUCCGUUUCUCCUAAUUUUGGGCGUGGUGUUGGGUCGACUCCACCAGCUUUCGGAUCAGGAUCAAGACCAUUUUGCACCCACUGCAACCGCGCCAAUCACACCACUCAGACUUGCUACAGACUUCAUGGGUUUCUCGAAGGAUGGUCUCGUGGUGGUAGGCAUGGACGGGGUCGCGGGAAUACCAAAUCUCAGCAUGGUGAUGGUGCACAGGCUGGCGGCGUUGGUGUAUUUGUCCCAAAUGUCGCGGCUGCAAACACCAUGAUGGCUUCCCCGAUUCCUGGUGCUGGUGCCGAUGGUGGUUGGCGGGUUUAUGACUUAGAGUCUGGGGAAUUUAUCGUCUCUCGUGAUGUUAGUUUCUCCGAGUCUUUGUUUACGUAUUUUGCCAAGACUCAUCUCCCGCCUAGUUCGUCUAUUGUUGACUCUCCUCCUAUCAUUGAUGAUGAUGAUUUCACUGCGAUUGUUUAG